UUAUGGAAACCAAACCAAACUUUGUGAAAUUACUGUUUUGGUCAUCUUCUUCUCUUGAACCUGUAUUUGCAUCCAGACUUCCAUGAAAGAGUUCAGACAUGAAGACCUUGAAGCAGCCACUCAAAGCUACUCAAGGACUCAUCUCAUUGGCAAAGGAAGCCAUGGCUGCAUCUACAAAGCCACUCUCACAGAUGGUCAAACUGUUGCCAUUAAGACACCAUCUUUAGGCCUUUGCAACCUGCAAGACACUUCCACCAUCGAAAACGAAGCUCGUAUCCUGUCGUCUCUCUCACCCAACCGCUUCCUCGUCAACCUGCUCGGGACGAGCCAUGACUCCACCACCGGUCACAGAGUCCUGGUCAUGGAGCACAUGCCUGGCGGCAUGCUCCAUGACUCGCUCCAUCUGACCACGCCUCCGCCAUCAUGGCCUAGACGAACCAGGAUGGCGGUCCAGAUAGCCCGAGCGGUGAGAUUCCUCCACGACUCGAAGCCCUUGAUCAUCCAUCGAGACAUCAAGUCCGAGAAUAUUUUGUUUGAUUCCAAAUCAAACGUUCGGCUCGCUGAUUUUGGGCUCGCAGUAUGUGCUACUUCACCGAGUCAACGAGUUGACUCGGUGAGUUUACCUGCGGGUACUAUUGGAUACUUGGAUCCCUGUUACACCACCCCGUGUAAGCUAAGCACUAAAAAUGAUGUGUUUAGCUUCGGGGUGGUGUUGUUGGAGAUCAUCAGUGGAACAAAAGCAAUCGAUGUUUCUAGGGCUCCGGCUUCUAUAGUAGAAUGGUCGAUGGGUUUAAUUGAAGAAAACCGAAUAAUGGAAAUAUGUGACAAAAGGGUCGAUAUGCCACGCCACAUGGAAGGUGCGAUAAGACAUAUGAUUAUUUUGGCUUCACGAUGUGUUUCGUCAGAUGAGGAAUCACGUCCAUCGAUGACGGAAAUCGUUACCAAGAUGGAAAGAUUUCGGAUUCCAAUAUGGGCGGAUGUGGUUCAAAGUCUAGUCCAUUUAAAACGCCGAAAAAGGCCCAAGACGGUCAACACGAUCGUUGUGACGGCAGUCGCCACCACCACCGACGUUCCCACCGCCACAAGUGAUCAUGGUGCUGUUCCAAGAACGAAGGUUUUGCUAAGAGAAAUAUUGGCAGGUGAUAUUUUAUAGCACCAAAAAUGAAUACAUACUCGAUCGUAUUUUA